AUGACGUUCUGCGACGCCCAUCGCGGGUCGACGUGCUGCGGGAAGGAACAGACGGACGCGGCGCGCGUGCGCGCGGUGCACAUGCAGCUGAACGGGUUCGGCGAGCGAUGCCGAGACGCGUGGGGCGCGCUGGAGUGCAGCGUGUGCGAUGCGAGAGUAGGGGUGAGCGAAGGCGUGCCGGUGUGCGCGGCGGCGUGCGAUGGGGUGUACAGGGCGUGCGCGGAUGAGUUCUUCGCGGAGGACGGGUCGCGGCGGUUGGUGCCGUGUCGACCGAGCGAUACGAUCUGCACCAAACUGUCGGAGUGGAUCGGGGACGUGAGGGAUAAGGGAAAAGAGAUGUGUGAAGCCGCGGGAUGGGAUUACGUCGCCCCGGGCGAGCGAUGGUGUUUCGAUGGUGCGGCGGCCAAGUCGAGCGAACGCGCGGCGCGGCGAAGCGGAUCGGCCGACAAGGCGAAAACGUCGAAACCGUCGAAGAAGCGCGGCAAGAAAUCGCGUAAAGCUUCCAAAGGUUCGAAAAUAGAUGCGGGACGCGUCGCCAUGCUCGCAGGAGGCGGCGUGGGUUUGAUUUACGUUUUGUUCACGCGCGCGCUGCCUCUCGCGCUCCAGUGGCAUCAUCGGAAAAAUUCCGUCGGCGCCAGGUACGCCGCGCGGCGCGCGGCCGAGCAGCGCUCGGGUAAUCGCGCGCAUUAUUUAUGA